UGACAACAUAAAUCUGCAAGACACUGUCACAAAGUCCUAUUGGAAUUCGUUUUGUUUUGCCAGUUUUGCCCGCACAGUAGUUGAUAAGUACAAGUAAUGAUAACGGACUUAUCAUUAUAAACUUUGAUCUAUAGAUACCGCCUUGUUCUCGCUCCUUCCGUUACAGGAUUGUAUUGUAAUCAAAAUUUUCAAGAACUGUUCGUAAACAUAUAAAUUUAACAUUUAAAAUAAGGAAGAUUGUGCAAAAUGGCUCUAUCAAAACCAAUCAUGAAUCUGGUAGCAUCCUAUUUACAAAACUUGUAUCUACAUCCUAUUAAAACUAAAGCAAUAACAAGUUGUGUGGUGGGAUCAGCUGGGAGUGUUGCAUCACAACUUGUGGCUGGUCAACCACUGAGAUUAGAUCCUGUAUUGGCUUUUGGACUAUAUGGAUUAUUAUUUGGAGGCACAAUACCACAUUAUUUCUAUGAAAUAUUAGAAAGAAUAUUCCCUGAAGAUGCUGUUGCUUUUCCGUUGGCCAAGAAAUUAUUAUUUGAAAGAGCAAUCUUUGCACCAAUUAUGCAAGCUUUUUCAUUAUACACAUUAUCAAGGUUUGAGGGAAAGAAUCACAAUGCUGCGUUGAAGCAGCUGUUUUCUCUGUAUUAUUCAGUUCUUGAAGCAAACUGGAAAUGGCUUACUCUGUUCCAAAUCAUCAACUUGGCAUUUAUUCCACCAAUGUUGAGAGUGCUGUUUAUGAAUCUCGUUGGAUUCGGUUGGGCAAUGUUCAUCGCAACCAAACGACGUGAACAGAGUCAAAAGAAGAACUCUGGCAACUAAGACAUUUUAGACUUCAAGUUUUUAUGAAAAAAACUUAUGGUAUGGAGUGUUAAUGAUUGGGAUGGAAGGUGGCGGUUAUUUUUACGUGUUUAAUGCAGGGAAAGAUAUAUUAGGAUUUUAUAAUUUCUGUAUCCUUGAGUUAUUAAGAUUGUAUUGUUAAAAGAUACAUUUCAAUUUAAUUGAAGAGGCUGUGAAGCAAAAAAUCAUUCAAAGUUCAACCUUAUCUGAUUCAUCUAGUUCUUUGUAUUAAACAGUACAUUAAUAUAACAUAAUUCUGCAGUAAUGUAGAAGUAUUCAAGUGAUUAUAGGUUAUGUAUAAGUGUAACAUGUUUGCAAUCCUAAUAUAUUUAAUAUUUGAUGCAUUUUUUGAAAGAAAUAAUUGUUA